UUUGAGUGUAAAAUUUAAUAGCCAUCAAUGAAAAGAUCCAAGGAAAUGAAUAAUGAUGCAGUUACAGUUAUUAACGUGCAGAACUUCCACAUUCAAGUUCAAGAGGAAAAACUUCCAUACAUAAUCCCCAACCAGGUUGAAGAAUCAAGCAUCCAGCUUGAAACCGCAAUGGUGGCGGGGCUAAUAGUCCAGAGGCUCUUUCGAGUCCUUUUUUUUUUGCACAUAGUCCUAAUCGCCAUCCUAGUAAUCUGCCUCACCAUCCGUGGCCUACUCUCUGCCCACAGCCACCAUUUUCAUCCCAAGAAGUGGUAUCCUCCACUCCUUACUGCAACAGGAUGCGCUGGAAUUGUGGCUUUCACAUGGCAAUGGUUCACUCUCUGCAACCCUUCAAGAGCACUGAGAACAGCCUUCUGGCUUAGCCCCUUGCUAACCUGUGCAGUUGGCGUGCUGUUUGUACUAAUAGGCUCUGCUGCAGGUUUAACAAUAGGCGUAAUUGCAAUAGUUCUUGCUCUGAUCCUAUCCCUUUAUACUUGUUGGGUGAAUCCUCGAUUCGAUUAUGCCACCAAGGUUUUAUCAAUUGCUGCUACUUCCCCUCCAGCUAAGACUACAACAGUGGUCAAUCUUUCAAUCAUCACAGGCACUGUGUAUUCCUGUUUCUUGGUAUCUGGUAUUGGCGGGGCCACUGCAGUUGGAACUGUAACGGACACCUUGUUCAUUUUAGCGAUCCUUGCGAGCCUGGCAUGGAGCACGCAAGUGAUAAGAAACACGUUGCAAGUUACAAUUGCACGCGUCAAAUACCUACACUUUGCAUAUGGAGUAGAUAUGGACUUGCGAAUUGCUUUACGGGACACAUUCAAAUACUCAAUGGGAAAUGUGUGCAUCAGCUCAGUCCUUGUGCCGAUUAUUACUGUAGUCCACGGUUCAGCCCGAGCGAUAAGUUUGAUUGCGGGGGGCACAGACGAGUUCUUGUUUUCCUGCGCUAAUUGUUAUGCUGCUGUUGCUGCGACUCUGGUUAACUAUGGGAAUCGGUGGGGUCUUGUGCAAGUAGGGGUUUAUAAUAAGGGGUUUGUGCAGGCAUCCAUGGAUACAUGGGAGAUGCUGAAGAAAGUUGGGUUGGAACCUAUAAUUGACAGAGAUCUGACAGGGUCUUUCUGUUUUCUCUCUGGGAUGGCAGGAGGUGCAAUAUGCACGCUAGUUGGAGGAGCAUGGACAUUUGCAGUUCAUAAGAGCUAUGCUACAGAAGUGUCAAUCUAUGCAUUCCUGAUUGGCUACUUCAUGUGUCGGAUAGAAAUGGCAUGGCUACAAUCAUGUGUUUCAGCUUACUACAUUGCUUACACAGAGAACCCACAGAACUCGCGGCUUGACCCAGCUAUUCUAUUUCGCCUUGAAGAGUUCCAGAGAUACGGAGAUUAACAAUCAUGGGGACUUCAUCUCGCUUGCUGAGUACAGAUUCAUUGUUUUAGAUUGAAUAUUUGCACCAGACACCACGUAGACCAGGGCAACAUCAAUUGAUGUUAAAAGGCAUGUGAUUCUGCAAACACGUCAGGAUUGCAAAAAAAAAAUUCGUAAAAGAGAACUUGUCCUGUGAAUGAGAUAUCAGUCAGCUUUUAUAUUCA